ACGGCGUCUAAACUGGGGUACUUCUAGUCUUCUACCCAGACUCCAGUGCAUCAUCGCCUGGGCUGUAUUUUCCUUCGAAAUUACGACCACAAAUUCGCCGUGCCCUAAUUUCUCGCAUGUCGGAGCCCUCUUCCCGCUGAUCGACUGCCAAACAGAGAAAUUCCUGACCAAAUCCAAUCAAAGAACAAAUAAAAACCUGGCUGCGGAUAUUUGGAAACGCAUAUUCCCACCCCUUCGAGCCAGACGAGCCGUCCCAGUCAUCUCCCAAAUCGGGAUAGGCCGGCGUUCCACUCCCGGAAUGGACAUAAACCUGUUCAAGUUCUGCUCGGGCCUCAAAGUCCUGGGCUACUUCAUGAUCCUCCUAGUCGUCUCAAUUGUUGCCGUCUCGUACUACGCCGUUGUGGUGCUCACCUGGGGCCCACAGUUGCUUCGUGGCGGGAUCCACUCGUUCCUGGCCUUCUCUAUACUCUUUCUCUUCCACGUUCUGCUUAUCCUGUUAACAUGGAGUUACUUCAUGGUAGUGUUUAAGAACCCUGGUUCUGUGCCUGAAAAUUGGAGAGCUGUAACAGAGGAGGAUAAUAUGGAGGCUGGUAGCUCUAUGGCAUCGUCUCAUCAUGUUGCACCCGAGGCUUUAGCUUCUUCAGAUGGACUGGAAAGAAAACCGGUGGGCUAUUGUAGUCAAUGCCAAAAUGGCAAGCCACCACGUUGCCAUCAUUGCUCAAUUUGCCAAAGAUGUGUUCUGAAGAUGGAUCACCAUUGUGUUUGGGUAGUGAAUUGUGUUGGAGCGUGCAACUAUAAGUUUUUUCUUCUUUUCUUGCUUUAUACAUUCCUUGAGACGACAAUGGAUACCCUAGUUUUGCUGCCUAGUUUUAUCCAAUUCUUUAGUGAAGCCAAGAAUCAUUCUACCUCUCCUGGCAAUCUGGCAAUCUUGUUUUUGGCAUUUGUUCUAAAUUUAGCCUUUGCGCUGAGUCUUCUUUGUUUCGUAGUUAUGCAUGCAUCUCUUGUUUCAAGCAAUACCACGUCAGUAGAGGUUUAUGAGAAGAAAAAAUCAGUCCGGUGGAGGUAUGAUGUGGGCAGGAAGAAUAAUUUUGAGCAGGUUUUUGGCACAAAAAAGGCACUAUGGUUGUUACCAGUGUUUUCGAAAGAGGAUCUGGACAAGAUACCUGCACUUCAGGGCCUUGAAUUCCCGACACGUUCAGAAGUUGAGGCUUGAGGCUUCGUGAGCUCACAAUUUUUUUUUUUUUUUAAUCUCAUUCUGGGCUGUGUAACAUCGGCCCUGGAAAAUUGUGUUAUUUAUAAUCUUGAUCAGCAUGUGUAAAAUAUUUGGCCCAGUGGAUAUUAAUUUUACAGGGGUCAUCUAACAGGAGACUUUUUUUU